GGCUGCGAUAAUGUCUGAUGGGGCUAGGGUUUGGAAUUCUCUUUGACUUCUUAAACCGGAAAGUCGGCUGUUUUUCUUUGUAAAAUUGUACCCUAGAAGCGGCGUUUUCAAGCUUGUAUCCCCACCGCAAUCCCCAAGCAAGAUGACUAAGAGGACCAAGAAGGCUGGAAUUGUUGGCAAAUAUGGCACAAGAUAUGGUGCUAGUUUGCGAAAGCAAAUCAAGAAAAUGGAAGUUUCUCAGCAUGCUAAAUAUUUCUGUGAAUUCUGUGGGAAGUAUGCAGUGAAAAGAAAAGCUGUUGGGAUCUGGGGAUGCAAGGAUUGUGGCAAAGUCAAGGCAGGGGGUGCAUACACUCUGAACACCGCUAGCGCUGUGACUGUAAGGAGCACUAUUCGUCGCCUGAGGGAGCAAACUGAAGCAUGAGCGAUUAACUGUUGAAUUCCUUAGACGGAAGUCACCAGCUAGCUUCUAGUUUUUAUCGGUGUUGAGACAGACAGCUCAUUUGGCAUGAACUAAAAAACUUUGGUUGAUUUGUGAAGCAUAUAUUUGUAGAUGUUUAAUUUGAGAAGCCAUUUAUCUUGUUUCAUUUGAUUUGUCUAAUGAUUUAUUUCUAAUUUA